UACCCCGCCCGCCGUGGCAAACAGCCCCCUCAGCUGCGCGCACGGGCAGCGGGGCUAUGCCCGCUCCCCCCACCGCGCCCGCGGCGCUCGGCCUGUAAUUAACGUCCCCGCACAGAGCCAUCAGCCCGCGCCCCCCCGGGUGUGUGCCCGAGGGCGCGGGCGGGCCGGGCGGUGGGGGCUGUGCGGCGGUAGCAGCCCCGGGCACCGCACGUGCGUGAUUAAUAACGAGGCAGCAGCGAUCGGGAUGGGCGAGCCCGGCCGCCCCAGGCUCCUCCGGGCGGGGGGGGACCUGCCACUCCGUUAUCUCCCGAGCCGCUCUCCCAGGCAGAACUGAUCCUCUUGAGGGAACGAGGGGGUGGGGGGAGAGUCUCGACUGCAAAUACUGUUUGGAGUUUAUUGAUGAGGGCGUCUGAGCGUUGAGGUGCUCUCCCGUGGCUCCCGGUGGAUGCUGUAAGGAGCCAGGAUUGUGGUGGGUUUCGGCUGUGCAGGGAGUUGGGGUAGCGGGGGGGGUGGGGGAAGGAAAAGACACGAUCGAGAGUAGCUGAGACUUUGUGCCCCCGUUGGAGAGAUGGUUGAGUCCUCGUCAAGGUUGCUGUGGUAUCCCAGAAACACCAUUCACUCCGAGCUGUGACCGCGCACCAUCAACAGCAACAACUCCGCUGCGCCUGGCCGAGGAAUAGGAAUUAAGAGCUCUCAAGAAUAAUAUGAAAGGGAUCUGCAGAGGGGGAAUCCGUGCAAAGGAAUCGAAAUUAGCAGACUUUUGGGAAAGGGGAUGUACUAAAUGUGGCCGGCUGGACUUCAUCCUGGUGAAGAAAAUGGAGAUUAAAAGUGGAUUUACAUUUUGGAACCUCGUCUUUUUAUUGAUGGUUUCGUGUGUGAAAGGAUUUAUUUAUACCUGUGGUGGAACUUUAAAAGGACUUAAUGGCACUAUAGAAAGCCCUGGCUUCCCAUAUGGAUAUCCAAAUGGUGCAAACUGUACAUGGGUUAUAAUAGCAGAAGAAAGAAACAGAAUACAAAUCGUCUUUCAGUCUUUUGCUCUAGAAGAAGAAUAUGAUUAUUUGUCAUUAUAUGAUGGGCAUCCUCAUCCUGCAAACUUUAGGACAAGGUUAACAGGAUUUCAUCUUCCUCCACCUGUGACAAGUACAAAAUCUGUAUUUUCGCUUCGCUUGACAAGUGACUUUGCAGUUAGUGCUCAUGGGUUUAAAGUUUACUAUGAAGAAUUACAGAGUAGUUCCUGUGGCAAUCCAGGAGUUCCACCAAAGGGUAUCUUGUACGGUACAAGAUUUGAUGUUGGUGACAAAAUCCGAUACAGCUGUGUAACUGGAUAUAUUUUGGAUGGACACCCCCAGCUUACUUGCAUAGCUAACUCUGUGAAUACAGCAUCGUGGGAUUUCCCUGUUCCUAUCUGUAGAGCUGAGGAUGCUUGUGGAGGAACUAUGAGAGGAUCCAGUGGAAUCAUCUCGAGCCCCAACUUUCCUAAUGAAUAUCAUAAUAAUGCAGAUUGCACAUGGACAAUUGUUGCAGAGCCUGGUGAUACUAUCUCGCUCAUAUUUACAGAUUUCCAAAUGGAAGAAAAAUAUGAUUAUUUGGAAGUAGAAGGUUCUGAACCACCUACAAUAGGGCUGUCUGGAUUGAAUAUACCUCCUCCAGUUAUCAGCAACAAAAACUGGCUCAGACUACAUUUUGUAACAGACAGCAAUCACCGAUACCGUGGAUUUAGUGCUCACUACCAAGGUUCUUCUUUCAUCAAAACUGCCUCCACUGGUGAGUUAGAGGAGCAUAUUGCGGCCACUACUGGUGCCAUUACUGUUGCUAGCACAUCUGCUGAUGUUGCUGUAUCCAGUGCAGUGACCACCCAUAGACAACCUUCUGAAGAACAACAAGUGCAAGCUAUGAAUAUAAGAAAAUCAAUUCUGGAGUCGGCCAGUUACAAGGAAGCACUCUCUCUUCAUCAAGAAAAUUUACAAAGCACAAGAAGACGGCCAAGAAAUGCUGAGCAGAUAGAAAGAACUAAAGAACUUGCAGUUGUUACUCAUAGAGUGAAAAAGGCCAUAGAUUUUAAAUCUAGAGGAUUUAAAUUGUUUCCAGGGAAAGACAACAGCAACAAGUUUUCUAUCUUAAAUGAGGGAGGUAUUAAACAGGCGUCCAAUUUGUGUCCAGAUCCUGGAGAACCAGAAAAUGGAAAACGGAUAGGCUCAGAUUUUAGCUUGGGAGCAACAGUGCAGUUCUCCUGCGAUGAAGAUUAUGUGCUUCAAGGUUCCAAAAGUAUCACCUGUCAGAGGAUAGCUGAAGUUUUUGCUGCAUGGAGUGAUCAUAGACCCGUGUGUAAAGUCAAAACUUGUGGAUCCAAUCUUCAGGGACCUGGAGGCACUUUCACAUCACCUAAUUUUCCAUUUCAGUAUGACAGCAAUGCUCAAUGUGUGUGGGUCAUCACAGCUAUCAAUACCAAUAAGGGCACAUUGCUGGCUCGUGUUCAACCUGAUGUCAACCAGAACCCCCAGGUUAUUCAGAUAAAUUUUGAAGAAUUUGAUUUGGAGAUUGGUUAUGACACACUGACAAUUGGUGAUGGAGGAGAAGUCGGUGAUCCUAAAACUGUGCUUCAAGUGUUAACUGGGAGCUUUGUACCAGACUUAAUUGUGAGCAUGAGCAAUCAGAUGUGGUUGCACCUUCAAACGGAUGAAAGUGUGGGAUCAAUUGGUUUCAAGGUUAACUACAAAGAAAUUGAAAAGGAAAGCUGUGGGGAUCCUGGAACACCAUUGUAUGGUAUCAGAGAAGGGGAUGGAUUUUCUAAUCGUGAUGUUUUAAGGUUUGAGUGUCAGUUUGGAUUUGAAUUAAUUGGAGAGAAAUCUAUCAUUUGCCAAGAAAACAACCAGUGGUCUGCAAACAUACCAAUCUGUAUUUUUCCUUGCCUUUCCAAUUUUACUGCACCGAUGGGAACAGUUCUUUCACCUGAUUAUCCAGAGGGAUAUGGAAAUAAUUUAAACUGUAUCUGGACAAUAAUUUCAGACCCUGGGAGCCGAAUACAUCUCUCCUUUAAUGACUUUGACUUGGAAUCUCAGUUUGACUUCCUUGCAGUUAAAGAUGGUGACUCUCCAGAUUCCCCCAUAAUAGGAACAUUUACUGGUGCUGAAGUUCCUUCCCAUCUUACCAGUAAUGGCCAUAUUUUGCGUCUGGAAUUUCAAGCUGACCAUUCAAUGUCAGGACGUGGAUUUAACAUCACUUAUAACACAUUUGGACAUAAUGAGUGCCCGGAUCCCGGAGUGCCAAUCAAUGCUCGGCGUUUUGGAGACAACUUUCAGCUGGGGAGCUCAAUUUCUGUUAUAUGCGAAGAAGGAUUUAUUAAAACACAAGGAACUGAAACAAUUACUUGUAUGCUAAUGGAUGGAAAAGUAAUGUGGAGUGGACCUAUUCCUAAGUGUGGAGCUCCAUGUGGUGGGCAUUUUUCAUCUCCCAGUGGAGUAAUUCUCUCUCCAGGCUGGCCAGGGUAUUAUAAAGAUUCCUUGAAUUGUGAAUGGGUGAUAGAAGCUGAACCAGGACACUCUAUCAAAAUUACAUUUGAAAGAUUUCAGACCGAACUCAAUUAUGAUGUUUUGGAAGUUCAUGAUGGACCAAACUUAUUAUCUCCACUUCUGGGAUCUUACAAUGGUACCCAGGUCCCCCAAUUUCUGUUUAGCAGUAGCAAUUUUAUUUAUCUUCUCUUUACAACUGAUAACAGUCGUUCUAACAAUGGAUUCAAGAUUCACUAUGAAAGUGUAACUGUUAACACUUACUCUUGCUUGGAUCCUGGCAUACCAGUGCAUGGACGUCGUUAUGGACAUGACUUCUCUAUAGGUUCCACUGUCUCAUUUAGUUGUGAUCCAGGUUAUAGGCUGAGUCAUGAGGAACCUUUGCUAUGUGAAAAAAAUCACUGGUGGAGUCACCCCCUCCCAACUUGUGACGCUUUAUGUGGUGGAGAUGUUAGAGGACCUAGUGGAACAAUUUUAUCACCAGGUUAUCCUGAUCUAUAUCCAAAUUCACUGAAUUGCACAUGGACUGUGGAUGUUACCCAUGGCAAAGGAGUACAGUUCACCUUCUACACCUUUCACCUGGAGGAUCACCAUGACUACUUACUAAUAACAGAGAAUGGCAGUUUCACACAGCCAUUAGCACGUCUGACUGGCUCAGAGCUUCCUUCACCAAUCAAUGCUGGUCUCUAUGGAAAUUUCAGGGCUCAAUUGCGCUUUAUUUCAGAUUUUUCAAUAUCAUAUGAAGGAUUUAAUAUUUCUUUCUCUGAGUAUAAUCUUGAACCUUGUGAAGAUCCUGGGAUCCCACAAUUUGGUAACAGAAUAGGAUUUAAUUUUGGAGUGGGAGAUAUUCUGACAUUCUCCUGUUCUUCUGGAUAUCGUUUAGAAGGAGCUUCAGAGGUUAUUUGUCUUGGUGGUGGACGACGAGUAUGGAGUGCACCUCUUCCAAGGUGUGUGGCUGAAUGUGGAGCAUCCACAACAAAUAAUGAAGGAAUCUUAUUGUCCCCCAAUUAUCCUCUUAACUAUGAAAACAACCAUGAAUGUAUUUAUAGCAUUCAGGUACAAGCAGGGAAAGGAAUCAAUAUUUCUGCCAGAACGUUUCACUUAGCCCAAGGAGAUGUUCUUAAGAUCUAUGAUGGUAAAGACAACACUGCUCACCUGCUGGGAGCAUAUACUGGUGCAUCAUUAAGAGGCCUGACACUAAGUAGUACUUCAAAUCAUUUGUGGUUGGAAUUUAACUCAGACACGGAGGGCACUGAUGAAGGUUUUCAGCUUGUGUAUACCAGUUUUGAGCUUUCACACUGUGAGGACCCUGGUGUGCCACAGUUUGGAUAUAAAAUCAGUGACCAAGGCCAUUUUGCUGGAAGUACUAUAAUUUAUGGAUGCAAUCCAGGUUACACACUCCACGGAAGUAGCCUGCUAAAGUGUAUGACUGGGGAAAGAAGGGCAUGGGAUUAUCCUCUGCCAUCAUGUAUUGCUGAAUGUGGAGGCCGUUUUAAAGGAGAAUCAUCCGGAAGAAUCUUAUCUCCUGGCUAUCCUUUUCCCUAUGACAACAACCUGCGUUGCAUGUGGGUGAUUGAAGUAGACCCAGGAAAUAUUGUCAGCCUCCAAUUUCUUGCUUUUGAUACUGAAGCAUCCCAUGACAUCCUACGAGUUUGGGAUGGUCCACCUGAGAACGACAUGUUACUCAAAGAAAUUAGUGGCUCCCUUGUUCCUGAAGGCAUUCACAGUACACUCAACAUAGUAACUAUCCAGUUUGACACAGAUUUUUAUAUCAGCAAAUCUGGAUUCGCCAUACAGUUUUCAAGUUCUGUAGCCACUGCCUGCCGUGAUCCUGGAGUCCCCAUGAAUGGAACUAGAAAUGGGGAUGGAAGAGAACCUGGAGACACUGUCAUUUUUCAGUGUGACCCUGGCUAUGAACUUCAAGGAGAUGAGAGAAUAACCUGCAUUCAGGUAGAAAAUCGGUACUUCUGGCAGCCCAACCCACCAGUCUGUAUAGCUCCCUGUGGAGGAAACCUGACUGGCUCAUCAGGUUUUAUACUUUCACCAAACUUCCCUCAUCCUUAUCCCCACAGCAGAGAUUGUGACUGGACUAUCACUGUAAAUAAUGAUUAUGUUAUAUCAUUAGCAUUUAUCAGCUUUAGUAUAGAACCAAAUUAUGACUUUCUUUAUAUCUAUGAUGGACCAGACAGUAAUAGCCCACUAAUUGGGAGCUUUCAAGAUAGCAAGCUGCCAGAGAGGAUAGAAAGCAGUUCAAAUACUAUGCAUCUGGCUUUUCGGAGUGAUGGAUCUGUUAGUUUUACUGGAUUCCAUCUAGAAUACAAAGCAAAGCUUCGUGAGUCUUGCUUUGAUCCUGGAAAUAUAAUGAAUGGAACAAGACUUGGAAUGGAUUAUAAACUGGGUUCCACUGUCACAUAUUACUGCGAUGCUGGUUAUGUUCUUCAGGGAUAUUCUACCCUAACAUGUAUCAUGGGAGAUGAUGGAAGACCUGGAUGGAACAGAGCCCUGCCCAGUUGUCAUGCACCCUGUGGAAGUCGGUCAACAGGCUCUGAAGGGACUGUAUUAUCACCAAACUACCCCAAGAAUUAUAGUGUUGGUCACAAUUGUGUUUACUCUAUCACUGUUCCUAAGGAAUUUGUUGUUUUUGGCCAGUUUGUGUUUUUCCAGACAUCACUCCAUGAUGUGGUUGAAGUAUAUGAUGGUCCAACUCUACAGUCAUCUUUGUUAUCCUCUCUCUCAGGAUCUCAUUCAGGUGAAUCCCUUCCACUGAGCUCAGGGAACCAGAUCACAGUUAGAUUUACCUCAGUUGGACCAAUAACAGCUAAAGGAUUUCAUUUCGUUUAUCAAGCUGUUCCAAGAACAAGUGCAACACAGUGUAGCUCUGUGCCUGAACCAAGAUUUGGAAAAAGGAUUGGAAAUGAAUUUGCAGUUGGUUCAUUGGUUCUUUUUGAGUGCAAUCCAGGCUAUAUCCUCCAUGGCUCAACAGCAAUUAGAUGUGAUACAGUACCAAAUGCAUUGGCACAAUGGAAUGAUUCACUCCCUACAUGUGUUGUGCCCUGUGGUGGUAUUUUAACAAAGCGCAAAGGGACCAUUUUGUCUCCUGGUUACCCUGAGCCUUAUGACAACAAUCUGAAUUGUGUGUGGAAGAUCACAGUACCAGAGGGAGCUGGGAUUCAGGUGCAAGUGGUGAGUUUUGCCACAGAACACAACUGGGAUUCCUUAGACUUCUACGAUGGUGCUGACAACAAUGCUCCAAGGCUUGGAAGUUAUUCAGGAACAACCAUACCUCCACUUCUAAACAGUACAUCAAAUAAUCUGUACCUAAAUUUUCAAUCUGAUAUCAGUGUUUCAGCUGCUGGAUUUCACCUUGAGUAUACAGCUAUAGGUUUGGAUUCUUGUCCUGAACCACAGACCCCAAGCAGUGGAAUCAAAAUUGGAGACAGAUACAUGGUUGGAGAUGUGGUGUCUUUCCAGUGUGAUCAGGGUUAUUCUCUUCAGGGACAUUCACAUAUCACUUGUAUGCCCGGACCAGUAAGAAGAUGGAAUUAUCCAAUUCCAAUAUGUUUAGCACAAUGUGGUGGUGGAAUGUCAGACUUCAGUGGAGUGAUCCUCAGCCCUGGGUUUCCUGGCAACUAUCCUAGUAGUUUGGAUUGCACAUGGACAAUAAAACUGCCUAUUGGGUUUGGUGUCCAUUUGCAAUUUUUGAAUUUCUCAACGGAGACCAUACAUGACUACUUAGAAGUUAGGAGUGGAUCUACAGAAACUAGCACAGUUAUUGGGAGACUAAGUGGCCCUCAGCUCCCAGCCUCUCUGUUCAGCACAACUCAUGAAACUAGCUUAUACUUUCACAGUGAUUACUCACAGAAUAAACAAGGAUUUCAUAUUGUAUAUCAAGCAUAUCAGCUUCAAAGCUGUCCUGAUCCUCGACCAUUUCGGAAUGGUUUUGUUAUUGGAAAUGACUUCACUGUGGGACAGACUAUUUCAUUUGAGUGUUUUCCUGGCUACACAUUAAUUGGAAAUUCAGCUCUGACUUGUCUUCAUGGAAUCAGCCGCAAUUGGAAUCAUCCUCUCCCCAGAUGUGAAGCGCUCUGUGGAGGAAAUAUAACUGCAAUGAAUGGCACCAUAUACUCUCCUGGAUACCCUGACGAGUAUCCAAACUUUCAAGACUGCUUCUGGCUUGUAAGAGUACCACCUGGGAAUGGAAUCUACAUCAAUUUCACAGUUCUUCAAACUGAGCCAAUAUAUGAUUUCAUAACUGUCUGGGAUGGACCAGAUCAAACUUCUCCUCAAAUUGGACAGUUUAGUGGCAACACUGCCUUAGAAUCAGUCUAUAGCACUUCCAAUCAGGUUCUGAUCAAGUUUCACAGUGACUUUACUACCAGUGGCUUCUUUGUACUCAGUUAUCAUGCCUAUCAGCUCCGGGUCUGCCAGCCUCCAGCAAAUAUACCAAAUGCAGAAAUUCUAACUGAGGAUGAUGAAUUCGAAAUAGGAGACAUAAUAAGAUACCAGUGUCAACCAGGCUUUACGUUGGUUGGUAAUGAGAUUCUGACAUGCCGACUGGGUGAAAGACUUCAGAUGGAUGGAGCACCACCUUCUUGUCAAGUGCUCUGCCCAGCCAAUGAAAUGCGUCUGGAUUCAACAGGAGUAAUACUGAGCCCUGGAUAUCCUGACAGCUACCCCAAUCUCCAGAUGUGUGCAUGGACCAUUACUGUGGAAAAAGGCUAUAAUAUCAGCAUGUUCUUUGAAUUCUUCCAGACAGAAAAGGAAUUUGAUAUACUUGAGGUGUUUGAUGGACCAAAUAGUCACAGCCCAUUGCUCAUAUCUCUCAGUGGAGACUAUUCAUCUUCUCUAAAUAUAACCAGUAACGGCCAUGAAGUAUUUCUCCGUUGGUCAGCAGAUCAUGGCACCAAUAAAAAAGGUUUCAGGAUAAGAUAUAUAGCUCUCUACUGUAGUACUCCAGAGUCCCCUCCACAUGGUUUCAUUGUCAGUCAGACAGGUGGACAGCUCAACAGUAUGGUUCGCUGGGCUUGCGAUCGAGGGUUUCGGCUCAUUGGGAAAAGUACUGCUGUGUGCAGGAAGUCUCCAUAUGGUUAUUACUCGUGGGAUGUUCCAGUCCCAGCUUGUCAAGCAAUAUCUUGUGGAAUUCCUAAAGCUCCAUUAAAUGGUGGGAUAUUAACUACAGAUUACUUAGUUGGCACCCGUGUUACUUAUUUUUGCAAUGAUGGAUAUAGGCUAUCAGCCAAAGAGCUUACUACUGCAGUCUGCCAGCCGGAUGGGACCUGGAGCAAUCACAAUAAAACACCUCGAUGUGUAGUUGUUACUUGUCCAAGCAUCAAUUCUUUUACAUUGGAACAUGGAAGAUGGAGAAUAGUGAAUGGUUCACAUUAUGAGUAUAAAACAAAAGUAGUUUUCAGCUGUGAUCCAGGGUAUUAUGGUUUGGGACCAGCAUCUAUCGAGUGUCUUGCUAAUGGCACCUGGAGUUGGAGAAAUGAGAGGCCUUACUGCCAAAUUAUUUCUUGUGGAGAACUUCCUACACCUCCCAAUGGAAAUAAGAUUGGAACUCAAAUCACCUAUGGAUCUACAGCUAUAUUUACCUGUGACUCAGGAUACAUGCUAGUUGGCUCUGCAGUGAGAGAAUGUCUGUCAUCUGGACUCUGGAGAGGAAUUGAGACGAGAUGUUUAGCUGGUCACUGUGGUAUUCCAGAUCUUAUAGUCAAUGGACAAGUAAUAGGAGAAAAUUAUGGAUAUAGAGACACAGUUGUAUACCAGUGCAGUCCUGGUUUUCGGUUGAUUGGUUCUUCUGUAAGAAUAUGUCAACAGGAUCACAACUGGUCUGGUCAGCUUCCAUCUUGUGUGCCUGUUAGCUGUGGUCACCCUGGUAGUCCUAUUUAUGGAAGAACAAGUGGAAAUGGUUUCAACUUCAAUGAUGUUGUGACAUUCUCGUGUAAUACUGGGUAUAUUAUGCAAGGACCAACCAAAGCACAGUGCCAAGCUAAUAGGCAGUGGAGCCAUCCACCUCCAAUAUGCAAAGUGGUCAAUUGUUCUGAUCCUGGAAUUCCUGCAAAUUCUAUAAGAGAAAGCAAAAUUGAACAUGGAAAUUUCACAUAUGGCACAGUGGUAUUUUAUGACUGUAAUCCUGGAUAUUUUUUAUUUGGCUCUUCAAUUUUAAUUUGUCAACCAAAUGGCCACUGGGACAAACCUCUCCCUGAAUGUAUUAUGAUUGACUGUGGACAUCCUGGAGUUCCUCCUAACGCGGUACUGUCUGGUGAUAAAUACACAUUUGGGUCUACUGUCCAUUAUAGCUGCACAGGUAGACGAUCGUUGUUAGGGCAGUCAUCUCGGACAUGUCAGUUAAAUGGACACUGGAGUGGAUCUCUCCCUCAUUGCUCAGGUGAUACAGCUGGUUCUUGUGGUGAUCCAGGUAUCCCAGGUCAUGGGUCUAGAGAAGAAAACAAUUUUAAAAUUAAAAGCACAAUACAUUUCAGCUGUGAUAUUGGAUACAUCCUCCAUGGCUCAGAAGAAAGAACAUGCCUGGCAAAUGGAAGUUGGACAGGAAGACAACCGGAGUGCAAAGCUGUGCAGUGUGGUAAUCCAGGAACAACUGCUAAUGGAAAAGUACUUCGUAUUGAUGGAACUACAUUCUCUAAUUCAGUAAUUUAUUCAUGUGUGGAAGGAUACAUACUUUCUGGAUCAUCUGUAAGACAGUGCACUGCCAAUGGAACAUGGUCUGGAUCUUUGCCAAACUGCACAAUUAUCAGUUGUGGAGAUCCAGGAGUCCCAGCCAAUGGCAUGAGAUAUGGUGAUGAUUAUGUUGUUGGACAAAAUGUUACUUAUAUGUGCCAACCUGGUUAUACAAUGGAAGCAAAUAGCUCCUUAAUUCGCACUUGUACUAGCAAUGGCACGUGGAGUGGAGUAAUCCCAACAUGCAAAGCUGUUACCUGCCCAACUCCUCCGCAGAUCUCUAAUGGAAGGUUGGAAGGAACAAACUUGGACUGGGGAUUUAGCAUUAGCUAUGUCUGCUCUCCAGGAUAUGAACUCUCUUUUCCUGCUGUUUUGACUUGUGUUGGGAAUGGAACAUGGAGUGGUGAAGUACCUCAGUGUUUACCAAAGUUUUGUGGCGACCCUGGAGUACCUGCUCAAGGGAAAAGAGAAGGCAAAAGCUUCAUCUAUCAGUCAGAAGUCUCUUUCAGCUGCAAUCCUCCUUUUGUUUUGGUUGGCUCCAGCACCAGGAUUUGCCAAGCAGAUGGCACAUGGAGUGGGUCUUCUCCUCGAUGUAUAGAACCUACUCGCACAGCGUGUGAAAAUCCAGGAGUCCCAAGACAUGGGUCACAAAACAACACAUUUGGCUAUCAGGUGGGAAAUGUUGUUCAGUUUCAGUGUAAAAAAGGACACCUUCUCCAUGGUUCAACAACACGAACAUGCCUUCCUGAUCUUACAUGGAGUGGAAUCCAGCCAGAAUGCAUACCUCACAGCUGUAAACAACCAGAAACACCAAGUCAUGCUAAUGUUGCAGGAAUGGAUCUUCCCUCACUUGGUUAUACAUUGAUUUACACUUGUCAGCCAGGCUUUUUCCUGGCAGGAGGUUCAGAGCACAGAGCCUGUAGGUCUGAUGGCACAUGGACUGGGAAGGUUCCAGUUUGUGAAGCUGGUUCCAAAAUAUUAGUGAAGGAUCCCAGACCAGCUUUGGGAACACCAAGUCCCAAACUAAGUGUUCCUGAUGAUGUAUUUGCCCAAAAUUAUAUAUGGAAAGGAUCUUACAAUUACAAAAGCAAGAAACAGCCCAUGACUUUGACAGUCACCAGUUUCAAUGCAACUUCAGGAAGAGUAAAUGCAACACUUACAAACAGCAAUAUGGAAUUGCUGCUAUCAGGAGUGUAUAAAAGCCAGGAAGCUCGGCUAAUGCUCCACAUAUAUCUCAUUAAAGCACCCUCCCAUACAUCUGCAAGCAAGUUGAAAGAGGAAAAAUGGGCUAUGGAUGGUUUUGUUUCUGCUGAACCUGAUGGAGCAACAUAUGUCUUUCAAGGAUUCAUCCAGGGUAAAGAUUAUGGACAAUUUGGACUUCAAAGAUUAGGUCUUAACAUGUCUGAGGGUUCAAGUUCUUCUAAUCAACCACAUGGUACAAAUAGUAGUUCAGUGGCCAUUGCUAUUCUUGUGCCUUUCUUUGCCCUUAUAUUUGCUGGUUUUGGCUUUUAUCUUUAUAAACAAAGGACUGCACCUAAAACACAGUAUACAGGAUGCUCUGUACAUGAAAAUAAUAAUGGACAAGCUGCUUUUGAGAACCCCAUGUAUGACACAAAUGCAAAGUCAGUGGAAGGGAAAGCGGUACGAUUUGACCCCAACUUGAACACUGUUUGCACAAUGGUAUAA